CGAUACAGUGUGAAGUGUAAGUCACCGGUUUUGCUCGUCCUGCUACAACAGUCUACCUGAACCGCGAAGUCCGAUUAUGUCCCUCGUUCCGAUUCGUUACUGCGACUGGUGGGAGGACGCUUGGAAUUCUCCGUUGCACGGUUCCCGACUAAUGGAUCAUCGAUUUGUCCCCGGUUUGUUGGCGGAUGAUUUAUUGCACGCGGUAACAACCUGUCCAGGAGCGCGUUACCAUGGAAAUGGCUGUGGUUAUUACCGACGACCGUGGUAUUCACGACACUGUUAUCCAGAUCGUGCCGGUGCCGUAGUAGUUUCCAAUGAUAAACGUUUUCAGAUCAGUAUGGAUGUGCAACAUUUUGCACCGGAUGAGAUCAGCGUCAAGACGGUGAACGAUACGGUUGUUAUUGAGGGGAACCACGAGGAGCGACAGGAUGAACACGGCUAUGUUUCCAGGCGCUUUGUGCGCAAGUACGUUUUGCCAGAUGGUCACGACCCAGUGGAUGUUAUGUCAUCCCUUUCUAAGGAUGGAGUUCUAACGGUGGUUUCGGCUAAGAAAGAAAAACCUUCAUCUCAGAAUGAACGAACGGUUCCUAUAAUACUAACAAAUGAAACCGUUAACAAUACUCAAGAAGCAGCAGAAGAGAACCUAAAAGAUGAAGACUAUGUACCAUACAAGAUGUCGAUAGUUCCUAUGAUGUUCCGUGACUGGUGGGAUGAUUUCGAUACACCCAUCCGCACGUCGCGCCUGCUGGAUCAACACUUCGGCACUGGACUUCGCGUUGACGAUUUGUUUUCCUCUUUGUCUACGCGCACCCCAACCUCGCCACUGCUCCGAUCGGGAUACUAUCGGCCAUGGCGAAAUACGGCUCUUGCCCGACAGGACUCCGGAUCGACGUUGAAUCUGGAUAAGGACAAGUUCCAAAUCAUUCUGGAUGUGCAGCAAUUUACCCCGGAGGAGAUCACGGUUAAAACAUCCGACAAGUGUGUCAUCGUGGAGGGCAAGCACGAGGAAAAGCAGGACGAACACGGAUUCGUUUCACGUCAAUUCACUCGUCGGUACAUGCUUCCAACUGGUCACGAUCCGAAUGAUGUCGUUUUGACUCUCUCGUCCGACGGGGUGCUGACUGUGACGGCACCGAAGAAAUCGCUUCCAGCUCCAAACCCGGAACGCAGCGUCCCCAUACAGCAAACCGGUCAGCCAGCCAAGGAGCAAAAUGAACCGAAAAUUGAACAACCGCAAUGAGUCGAUUUGUUCGAUCCAUUUAGAGUAAUUCCUUUUUGAAGUGCAAUUAUACUUACCAUGAUUUUUAUACUAUUGCUUUUACUUGAAUAAAGCCACCAAACGAUAUGGAAAUAAAUUCAA